AUGUCCUCCACGGCUAUUUACGAAAUUUCCGUAAAAACAGGAGACAAGAAAAACGCAGGGACGGAUGCAAAUGUCGAGAUCUGUCUUCAUUGUGACGAUGGAAGCAAAACUGCUACAUACAAUCUUGAUAAAUUCUUUAGGAACGACUUCGAAAGAGGGCAAAAAGAUUCGUUCUCUGUGACGGGCAUUAGUCUUGCCAGAGUGGACUACAUAGAGAUAUGGCGAGACACGAAAGGCAUCUUGGACGACUGGUAUGUCGAUGUGAUUGAAGUUAUUUGUUCAAAAAAAGUCUUCAUAUUUCCCUUCUUCAGGUGGAUCAAAGCAAAUUAUCAUUAUAAGGUUCGGCAUCUUGAUACGUCACUUCCAGCUGAUGACCCUUUUAAGGAACAGAGACGGAUGGAAAUAAAUGACGCAAGACAGGAGUACCAACUGACAGUUAAGGAACCCGGGUUUCCGGCACAGGUGAAGUCCUUACCAGAAGAUGAACAAUUUUCGUUCGACUAUGUGUGGGACAUCAGUAAAAGGAAAGCACAUGCUAUCUUUCUAAGCAAGAUCGUUAAACUCACAAGUGGCAACUGGAAAGACAUCGAUGAUCUGAAGAACAUCUACACAAAGGAAGUGUUUGUUCUUCCUGAAAGUGUGGCACUUUGGACAAAUGAUGAAUAUUUUGGUUAUCAAAGGAUUGCCAAGAUGAACAACACCGUCAUAGAGUUGUGUACUGCCGUUCCCAAAAAAAUGGCUGUUACUGAUGCUAUGGUCAAACAAAGCUUGGAGGGAGUCACACUAGCUGAAGCUAUACAAGCCAAACGUUUGUUCAUCGUAGAUUACGAAAUCCUUGAUGGCGUCCCUUGCGGAAGAGACGAAAGUGUGAUAUGUGCUCCAGUAGCCCUUUUUUUCGUGAAUGGAAAACGGAAGUUAAUGCCAAUCGCUAUACAACUUUUUCAAAGUCCAGGGAAAGACAAUCCUGUUUUCCUUCCCACGGAUCCCGAAUACACUUGGAUCACAGCCAAACUAUGGUUCAAUCAUGCUGACAGCACAUAUCACCAAUCCUUCACCCAUUUAGGAGGAACACACUUGAUGAUGGAAGGUGUGGCUGUUGUCACACACAGGAAUCUGUCUCCCUCACAUCCGAUUUUCAAACUACUCGCACCUCACUUUCUGUUCCUGUUAGCUCUGAAUACACGUGCAUUAAGUAAUCUGGUGUCCCCUGGGGGCUGGGCAGAUAGGGCGAUGUCUGUCGGAAUCAGAGGAAUGUUUGAAGUCAUCCGGAGAAAGUGUCGUCUAUGGAGACUGGAUAUAGAUGGUACGCUUCCUAAGGACUUGGAACGAAGAGGGUUACUUAAAGACGAUGUAUUACCGGGUUAUUACUUUCGGGAUGACGCAUUGCUUGUCUACAACGCAAUAUACAAUUAUGUCGUCAACUACAUUAAAAUAUAUUAUGAAUCAGCCGACAAGCUCGUUAGUGACACUGAACUUCAGGAUUGGGCAGCGGAAACGGUAUUGUCCAAGGAAAAGGGAGGCCUGGGACUUCUUGGGGUUCCUGGAAAUGGAAAGAUUACCACUAUUGACCAGUUAGCCACAAUUAUCACCAGCCAUAUAUACACGUGUAGUGUAGCUCAUGCUGCCGCCAAUUUCCCUCAAUACGACCAGUAUGGUUUUCCACCGGCAUACCCUGCCUCCAUUAGGGGUAAGCCACCUACAGACAAGACGCCACUUACUGAAACGGCGGUGCUUGCAGCACUUCCCGACAAGGAAACCACGCUAGACAUGAUGGUGGUGACUUACAUUCUCAGUGAGAGGACCACUAACUGUCUAGGGAACUUUGAAGUCCAAUAUGUGUUUGAUCCGCCAGCGUUAGCUGUAAUUGAGGAAUUUAAAACUCAACUGAAGGCCAUAUCUCGACAAAUAAGGGAAAAGAACAAGACCAGGGAACCCCCGUAUCCUUGGUUAGACCCACAGGAGAUUCCAAACGCCAUUAGCAUUUGA